AUGGCUGACUGGUGGAGUAGUUUUGACAGGAACAAUCGUUGGAACACAUGUCCGAAUGGUUACUUCCUCCAGGGAUUGGACCGAAACGACGGCCAGAGCCUGGAUAACAUCGAGGUCGGCAAGUGUUGCAAGCCCGCCAACCACCCUCACUGGUACGGACACUGUUAUGAUCAAGACGUGCGGGCCAGCUUCGACAAGGAGGGCACCAGCAAAUGUAGGGAUGGCUAUUUCAUGACUGGAUUAUACCGAGGCAAUUGCGAUGAGAUCUAUUGCAUUGAAAUGUUCAAGUGUUGUAAAAUGGUUCCAACACCCCCAAAGAUGCAAUCCUUGGAUGAUGUCAAGACCCGUAUUAUGGAUGAGACCAUGGCAGAGUUGGCAUUACUUGCUCACUAUCUUGGCUACGGAUGGUGCGCGAGCUGCCGCGCCCAGUUCGUAGGAGAGGACUUUAGACGAAACGGGGACAGCUGGGAAGCGGACAGGAAAGGCCCGUGCAAUGGCUACAUGAAUCAUCACAGGCUCAAGAGACUUCAGAGACUUCAAGUUUGGCGUCAAGAACACCGUCUACGGAAAACCAGUUAUUCAGACAUUGAAACCUCAGUCGUACAUAUCUGGAAGCGAAAGAUAAUGAAGAUCAUGAAGUGACACGCACGGUUUCUGAGCAAGUGGAAAGCACACGUACCGUCACCCACGAGACAACCAGCUCGUGGAAAAAGACACUUGGAGUCGGUAUCGAGUUGAGCUACACGCACCCCUCCCGAUGCAACAGGAGGGGUGGGAGUAAAAGCGUCGUACAAUUUCAACUACGAGAAGUCGUCCACCCAGACGGACAGCACUGCAAAUACGCAGAAGUACACAAGCACAGUCACAUCGACAAAGAGGCUCCAACCCUUCACAGCUGCUCAGUAUCGUAUUAUGCUGACAAAGACGAGAACCACCGUACUGUACACCGCAACCAUUAUCGUGCACUUCUCUGCAGAGCUAGACGGAUUCUUGAGGUGGGGAGGAGGAAAAGACGGAGACUCUACCAACUACCAUUACAAGUAAGUCGUGGCUACCAUUACCAAUAAGACUUAAAUACCAUUACUAGCAUAUCAUAGCUUACAUCACCAGUAAGUCUAGGCUACCAUUAACCAGUAAGUCGUGACUACCAUUACCAGCAUGUCACAGCUACCAUUUCCAGGAAGUCGUGACUACCACUACCAGUAAACUAUAACCUAUUACCAGUAAGACUACCAUCGCCACUAGUAUUUCUAAUACAAAACUUUCUCUUUCUCAAGGCACCGCGGCUCAAAUAGAAGACCAACCUUCAAGUACAAAUUCGGCGACUCGUCAACUCCGUUCUACAGCGCCCUGAAGAAACGAAGUGACCGAAGUAUGCGACCAUGGGAAUGGCAUGAGAUGAAAGCGAGAUAUUCCCAUGCACAAACCCUGAUCAAUGCUCUCGCCGACGAGAGCAAGUAUGAAUUUACCUUGACUGGGCAAUUUGAGGACGUGAUUGGCCACCAUGUAGAUAUACAUUGGAGUACCACAUCGCUAAAAGUACCGCGUGGACUCGAGAGAACCUUCGCUGAGACGCAUUUCCCAAAGAUCAAAGGCAUUUCCCCCAAACAUGUCUUCCCCAAGCCACCAGCGGGUCAUCUCUCGAUGUCCAAACCUCACACUCUCCUGCUGCUUCCUAAUAUCAAUUACGAUGCCCCGGAUAACAACGUACAUGGGAACACGACCGAUCCACCGAGAAUGUUUCCCAAGCCUCCAAAAGUGGACAUCUCCAUAAAAGAACCACAAAAAAUCCCGCAUGUUCCCAACGUGGAUAACGAAAGCGAGCUUACUGAGUGAGAAGUACACGCACACGACAAUGACGACUGGACGCCAAUGAGGACUGGACGCCAACUUGGUGUGUAAGGGAAGAAUAUAAAAGGGCAGCAUUUGACAAUAAAACGAGCAUUUAAAAAAAAA